AUGCCAAUUUUAUCAAGUGAUACAGAAUGGAUUGCUUACCUUGUCCUAGGCUUGAUUGGCUUUGUGGGUAACUCAAUCCUGCUUCUUGGUACAUGGAAAUACUUAGCCCAGCGACAGAGAACGUCAUGCAUGCUGCUCCUGAACACCGCUCUCAUUCACUUGACCAGGAUCUUGGUUGUGAACUUGCUAAGCAUUGUUUCCAUUGCCGGAAAUGUGGAGAUAUUCAAUACAGCUGGCUGCAAGAUUAUCACAUUCACCUCUACCUUCACCGACAUGCUUGCCAUCUGGUUUACUCUCUUUGUGGCAUUGUUCUAUGUUAUCAGGCUCAACCGGGUCGUUCAUCCUUUAACUGCAACACCCAGUGUGAACAGGAACGCAGUGCUUUGCUUUGUUAUGGCAGUGCUGUGGGCCACUGCAGUUGGAGUAAGCUGCCCUCUCUUAUUCUUUGUUGAGAAAGGAGAGAGUUUACACAAUGUGACUGAUAACAGAAACUGGACUCACGUUGCAUGUCAAGUGAAAUAUUCUAACUCUGAGGUACAGCUCCUGUAUGGUGUGGUUGUUUUAACUGUCGUAGAUGUGUUGCCACUGACGGUUUUGUUCCUUGUUUGCGUGCGGAUUGUGUUGCUUUUGAGAGAAUAUCGUGUUGCAAGUUAUGGAGACAUCUGGAUUGGUGAAGACAAAUCAGAGAGUGAGGUUUUCAUGGCUUCCAAACUUGUUUUGCCUCUGAUGUUUCUUGUGUGUGGUCUGUGGGUUUCCCAUUAUACUCUGCUGCAGUUCCUAGACAAGUUGGGUUCUUAUUAUUUUUUUCCAGUGCUGCUUGCCAUACUGUCUUCUGCCUAUUCUGCUCUCAGUCCUUUCAUUUUCAUUGCUAUGAGCUACAAAACGAGGACUGUUCUGAGACCGUUAUGUUUUUUAAAAUUGAACAAGGCAAAGGAACAACUAGCCACUGUACUCAGGUCACCAUACGCAGAGUGA